CCUCUCCCCUCCCUUCCCCUCCAGGCUGGCGUCCACGGCAGGGGUGGCAGAGGGCAGUCCUGAGCGCUCGGGAUGGGCCCCCAGCUGGGUGCUCACCACAAGCAGAGCCUGGAGCAGGGUCUCCACUGCCCCUCCUGCCCUGGGGAGCUGGCCCUGAGCGAGAUGCAGGGCUGUGCCCUGGGCCUGGCCGGGUGCCGUCUGUGUGCAGGGGUCUCAGCCUGGGGGCCCGGGGCUGCUGGUGCACCAGUGUGUGUGCAGGUGUGUGUGUGGCCGAGCGCGCACACCUGUGCUCACGGGGGCCCGGGGCUGCUGGUGCACCGGUGUGUGUGUGCAGGUGUGUGCAGGUGUGUGUGUGCAGGUGUGUGUGUGGCCGAGCGCGCACACCUGUGCUCACGGGGGCCCGGGGCUGCUGGUGCACCGGUGUGUGUGCGCAGGUGUGCACCGGUGUGUGUGCGCAGGUGUGUGUGGCCGAGCGCGCACACCUGUGCUCACGGGGGCCCAGGGCUGCUGGUGCACUGGUGUGUGUGUGCAGGUGUGUGCAGGUGUGUGUGUGCAGGUGUGUGUGUGGCCGAGCGCACACACCUGUGCUCACGGGGGCCCGGGGCUGCUGGUGUGUGUGUGUGUGCAGGUGUGUGCAGGUGUGUGUGCACAGGUGUGCGCAGGUGUGUGUGCGCCGGUGUGUGUGUGGCCGAGCGCGCACACCUGUGCUCACGGGGGCCCGGGGCUGCUGGUGCACCAGUGUGUGUGCAGGUGUGUGUGUGGCCGAGCGCGCACACCUGUGCUCACGGGGGCCCGGGGCUGCUGGUGCACCAGUGUGUGUGCAGGUGUGUGUGCAGGUGUGUGUGUGUGUGGCUGAGCGCGCACACCUGUGCUCACGGGGGCCCGGGGCUGCUGGUGCACUGGUGUGUGUGUGCAGGUGUGCGCAGGUGUGUGUGUGCAGGUGUGUGUGUGGCCGAGCGUGCACACCUGUGCUCACGGGGGCCCGGGGCUGCUGGUGCACUGGUGUGUGUGUGCAGGUGUGUGUGUGGCCGAGCGCGCACACCUGUGCUCACGGGGGCCCGGGGCUGCUGGUGCACUGGUGUGUGUGUGCAGGUGUGCACCGGUGUGUGUGCGCAGGUGUGUGUGUGUGUGGCCGAGCGUGCACACCUGUGCUCACGGGGUCCGGGGCUGCUGGUGCACCGGUGUGUGUGUGCAGGUGUGUGCAGGUGUGUGUGUAUGUGGCCGAGCGUGCACACCUGUGCUCACGGGGGCCCGGGGCUGCUGGUGCACUGGUGUGUGUGUGCAGGUGUGUGUGUGUGUGGCCGAGCGCGCACACCUGAGCUCACGGGGGCCCGGGGCUGCUGGUGCACUGGUGUGUGUGCGCCGGUGUGCACCGGUGUGUGUGCGCAGGUGUGUGUGGCCGAGCGCGCACACCUGAGCUCACGGGGGCCCGGGGCUGCUGGUGCACUGGUGUGUGUGUGCAGGUGUGUGUGUGUGUGGCCGAGCGCGCACACCUGUGCUCACGGGGGCCCGGGGCUGCUGGUGCACUGGUGUGUGUGUGCAGGUGUGCACCGGUGUGUGUGCGCAGGUGUGUGUGUGUGUGGCCGAGCGUGCACACCUGUGCUCACGGGGGCCCGGGGCUGCUGGUGCACUGGUGUGUGUGUGCAGGUGUGCACUGGUGUGUGUGCGCAGGUGUGUGUGUGUGUGGCCGAGCGCGCACACCUGAGCUCACGGGGGCCCGGGGCUGCUGGUGCACUGGUGUGUGUGUGCAGGUGUGUGUGUGUGUGGCCGAGCGUGCACACCUGAGCUCACGGGGGCCCGGGGCUGCUGGUGCACUGGUGUGUGUGCGCCGGUGUGCACCGGUGUGUGUGCGCAGGUGUGUGUGGCCGAGCGCGCACACCUGUGCUCACGGGGGCCCGGGGCUGCUGGUGCACUGGUGUGUGUGCGCAGGUGUGCACCGGUGUGUGUGCGCAGGUGUGUGUGGCCGAGCGCGCACACCUGAGCUCACGGGGGCCCGGGGCUGCUGGUGCACUGGUGUGUGUGCGCCGGUGUGCACCGGUGUGUGUGCGCAGGUGUGUGUGGCCGAGCGCGCACACCUGUGCUCACGGGGGCCCGGGGCUGCUGGUGCACUGGUGUGUGUGCGCAGGUGUGCACCGGUGUGUGUGCGCAGGUGUGUGUGGCCGAGCGCGCACACCUGAGCUCACGGGGGCCCG